CUCCGGUAACGGGACAAAGAUGUUCUGACAGCGGCGGAGGGGCGGAUAUUGACGGGCGGUGAUGAUGAUGAUGAUGAUGAUGAUGAUGAAGAUGAUCGUGAUGCAAGUGUGAAAGUGACUUUAUGCGCAGGUGCUGAGUGUGAGUGUGUGUGUUAGGGGACAGCAUGGCUCCCCGACCGUCAUCAGGAGAGUUAUGGGGGCUUCACCUGAUGCCUCCUCGUAUCCUGGUGGACUGCUGUCUGCCCAACGGCAUCCUGGUCAGUCUGGAGUGUUUGAGAGAAGCUCCACUGACCAGCAUUAAACAACAACUGUUCAGUGAGGCCCGGAAAUACCCCCUCUACCACCUGCUACAGGAGGAGUCGUGUUACAUCUUCGUGGGCGUCACACAGGAAGCAGAGAGGGAGGAGUUCUACGAUGAAACACGACGGCUGUGCGACCUUCGACUCUUUCACCCCAUCCUAAAGGUCAUCGAGCCACUGGGCAACCGAGAAGAAAAGAUACUCAACAGAGAGAUCGGUUUUGCCAUUGGAAUGCCCAUCUGUGAAUUUGAGCUGGUGAAGGAUCCGGAAGUUCAGGAGUUCCGCCGGAACAUUCUGAGCGUGUGCAGAGAGGCGGUGGAGGAGCGCGAGGGUGGCGGUGCGCACACACAAGCUCUGUACGUGUACCCGCCUAACGUAGAGUCAUCACCUGACCUGCCGCAACACAUCUACAGCAAACUCGACAAAGGUCGUUUGAUCGUGACCAUCUGGGUGAUUGUGUCUCCGUCAAACUCAAAGCAAAAGUACACACUAAAGAUCGCUCACGAUUCUCUCCCGGAGCAGCUGAUCGCUGAAGCCAUCCGUAAGAAAACACGCAGCAUGCAUCUGUCUGCGCAGCAGCUGCGACUGUGUGUGCAGGAGUAUCAGGGCCAGUACAUCCUGAAAGUGUGCGGAUGUGACGAGUAUUUCCUGGAGAAAUACCCCCUCAGCCAGUACAAGUACAUCAGGAGUUGUAUCACACUGACUCGUCUGCCGCACCUUAUGCUGGUCAGUAAGGACAGUCUGUACAGUCAGCUUCCCUCCAGUGGAUUCAUGGCUCCGUCAUACAGCCGACGCACACCGCAGCCCAGCCCCUGUCCCGGCGGAGGAGACCCCGGAUCCCCGCGCUCGCUCUGGGCCUUUAACGCACACCUGAGAGUACGAGUGCUGUGUGCCACAUACGUCAAUGUCAACAUCAGAGACAUCGACAAGAUCUAUGUCAGGACAGGUAUAUAUCAUGGAGGAGAACCGCUGUGUGACAAUGUCAAUACACAAAGAGUACCCUGCUCAAACCCCAGGUGGAACGAGUGGCUGUCGUACGACAUCUUUCUGACAGAUGUUCCCCGAUCUGCUCGUCUCUGUCUGUCCAUCUGUUCUGUCAAGGGUCGCAAGGGUGCCAAAGAGGAGCACUGUCCACUGGCAUGGGGAAACAUCAAUCUGUUUGAUUUUAAAGACACUCUGGUGAGUGGUAAAGUGGCUCUGGGUUUGUGGCCGGUUCCUCAUGGACUGGAGGAUCUUCUCAACCCGAUCGGAGUGUCGGGAUCAAACCCAAACAAGGAGACGCCAUGUGUUGAACUCGAGUUUCCCUGGUUUAAUCAGACAGUCGUGUUUCCUGAUGAACAACAGAUCGAGGAACAUGCCAACUGGAGCAUCUCACGAGAGCUGGGAUACAGCUACUGUCUGGGACUGAGCAGUCGUCUGGCGUGUGACAGCAGCAUAUCUCAGUCAGAUGCGGAGCAGCUGCGCGCACUGUGCAGUCGAGACCCGCUGUAUGAACUCUCCGAACAAGAGAAGGACUUCCUGUGGAGACACCGGCAUUACUGCGUAAAUAUUCCCGAAAGCCUUCCCAAGCUCCUGCUGUCCGUCAAAUGGAACUCCAGAGAUGAAGUGUCACAGAUCUACUGUCUGUUGAAGGAUUGGCCGUUGAUGCAGCCUGAAUCGGCUCUGGAGUUGCUGGACUGUAAUUUUCCAGAUCCGAUGGUUCGUGAGUUUGCGCUGCGCUGCCUCAUUCAGGGACUGACAGACGACAAACUCAGUCAAUACCUGCUGCAGCUCGUACAGGUGUUGAAAUACGAGAUGUAUUUGGACAAUCCAUUGGCUCGGUUCCUGAUCAAGAAAGCUUUGACCAAUCAGAAGAUCGGACAUUUCUUCUUCUGGCAUCUGAAGUCUGAGAUGCAUAAUAAGACGGUGUCUCGGCGGUUCGGGCUGCUGUUGGAGGCGUUUUGUCGUGCAUGUGGCAUGUACCUGAAACACCUGAACAGACAGGUGGAGGCCAUGGACAAACUAGUGAACCUCACCGACACACUCAAACAAGAGAAGAAAGAUGAGACGCAGAAGACACAGAUGAAGUUCCUGGUGGAGCACAUGUCCCGCCCAGAUUACAUGGACGCACUGCAGGGUUUUGUUUCCCCUCUGAACCCUGUACACCAGCUCGGAAACCUCCGGUUAGAGGAGUGUCGGAUCAUGUCUUCAGCGAAACGUCCGCUCUGGUUGAACUGGGAGAAUCCAGAUAUCAUGAGUGAACUGCUCUUCACAAACAAUGAGAUCAUCUUUAAAAAUGGAGAUGAUCUACGGCAAGACAUGCUGACACUCCAGAUUAUAAAGAUCAUGGAGAAUAUCUGGCAGAAUCAGGGACUGGACCUGCGAAUGCUCCCAUAUGGCUGUCUCUCUAUAGGUGACUGUGUGGGCCUCAUUGAGGUGGUGAAGAAUUCUCACACCAUCAUGCAGAUUCAAUGUAAAGGAGGACUGAAGGGGGCGCUACAGUUCAACAGCAACACACUGCAUCACUGGAUCAAAGAGAAGAACAAGGGAGAGGCUUAUGACAGAGCAAUUGAUUUAUUCACCCGAUCUUGUGCUGGAUACUGUGUGGCAACAUUUAUCCUGGGCAUCGGAGAUAGACACAACAGCAACAUCAUGGUGAAAGAGAAUGGACAGUUGUUUCAUAUAGAUUUCGGUCACUUCCUGGAUCAUAAGAAGAAGAAGUUUGGUUAUAAACGAGAGCGAGUGCCAUUUGUGCUCACACAAGACUUCCUGAUCGUCAUCAGUAAAGGAAUUCAGGAGUGUACAAAGACCAAAGAGUUUGAGAGGUUUCAGGAGAUGUGUUAUAAAGCGUAUCUUGCCAUCCGUCAGCACGCCAGUCUCUUCAUCAAUCUCUUCUCUCUGUUGUUGGGAUGUGGGAUGCCGGAGCUUCAGAGUUUUGAUGACAUCGCGUAUCUGCGGAAAACUCUGGCGCUGGAGAAAAACCAGCAGGACGCGCUGGAAUACUUUACCAAACAAAUGAAUGACGCUCAUCAUGGAGGCUGGACCACGAAGAUGGACUGGAUCUUCCACACCAUCAGACACAUGCCAAACGAACACUAAAACACACACACUCACACACACACACACACACACACACACACACACACAUACCAUCAGACACAUGCCAAACGAACACUAAAACAAACACACUCACACACACACACACACACACACAUACCAUCAGACACAUGCCAAACGAACACUAAAACACACACACUCACACACACACACACACACAUACCAUCAGACACAUGCCAAACGAACACUAAAACACACACACACACACAAACACACACUCACACACACACAUACCAUCAGACACAUGCCAAACGAACACUAAAACACACACACACAAACACACACUCACACACACACAUACCAUCAGACACAUGCCAAACGAACACUAAAACACACACACUCACACACACACACACUCACACACACACAUACCAUCAGACACAUGCCAAACGAACACUAAAACACACACACUCACACACACACACAUACACACACACACACACACAUACCAUCAGACACAUGCCAAACGAACACUAAAACACACACACUCACACACACACACACACACAUACCAUCAGACACAUGCCAAACGAACACUAAAACACACACACACACAAACACACACUCACACACACACAUACCAUCAGACACAUGCCAAACGAACACUAAAACACACACACUCACACACACACACAUACACACACACACACACACAUACCAUCAGACACAUGCCAAACGAACACUAAAACACACACACUCACACACACACACACACACACACACACACAUACCAUCAGACACAUGCCAAACGAACACUAAAACACACACACACACACAAACACACACUCACACACACACAUACCAUCAGACACAUGCCAAACGAACACUAAAACACACACACACACACAAACACACACUCACACACACACAUACCAUCAGACACAUGCCAAACGAACACUAAAACACACACACACACACAAACACACACUCACACACACACAUACCAUCAGACACAUGCCAAACGAACACUAAAACACACACACACACACAAACACACACUCACACACACACAUACCAUCAGACACAUGCCAAACGAACACUAAAACACACACACACACAAACACACACUCACACACACACAUACCAUCAGACACAUGCCAAACGAACACUAAAACACACACACACACAAACACACACUCACACACACACAUACCAUCAGACACAUGCCAAACGAACACUAAAACACACACACACACACACACACACACUCACACACACACAUACCAUCAGACACAUGCCAAACGAACACUAAAACACACACACACACACAAACACACACUCACACACACACAUACCAUCAGACACAUGCCAAACGAACACUAAAACACACACACACACACACAAACACACACUCACACACACACAUACCAUCAGACACAUGCCAAACGAACACUAAAACACACACACACACACAAACACACACUCACACACACACAUACCAUCAGACACAUGCCAAACGAACACUAAAACACACACACACACACACAAACACACACUCACACACACACAUACCAUCAGACACAUGCCAAACGAACACUAAAACACACACACACAAACACACACACACACACACACAUACCAUCAGACACAUGCCAAACGAACACUAAAACACAAACACACACACAAACACACACUCACACACACACAUACCAUCAGACACAUGCCAAACGAACACUAAAACACACACACACACACAAACACACACUCACACACACACAUACCAUCAGACACAUGCCAAACGAACACUAAAACACACACACACACACACAAACACACACUCACACACACACAUACCAUCAGACACAUGCCAAACGAACACUAAAACACACACACACACACACAAACACACACUCACACACACAUACCAUCAGACACAUGCCAAACGAACACUAAAACACACACACACAAACACACACACACACACAUACCAUCAGACACAUGCCAAACGAACACUAAAACACACACACACACACAAACACACACUCACACACACACAUACCAUCAGACACAUGCCAAACGAACACUAAAACACACACACACAACACACACACACACACACACACACAUACCAUCAGACACAUGCCAAACGAACACUAAAACGCACACACACACACACACACACACACACUCACACACACACAUACCAUCAGACACAUGCCAAACGAACACUAAAACACACACACACACACAAACACACACUCACACACACACAUACCAUCAGACACAUGCCAAACGAACACUAAAACACACACACACACACAAACACACUCACACACACACAUACCAUCAGACACAUGCCAAACGAACACUAAAACACACACACACACACACACACACACACACACACAUACCAUCAGACACAUGCCAAACGAACACUAAAAUACACACACACACACACACACACCAUCAGACACAUGCCAAACGAACACUAAAACACACACACACACACACACACACACACACACACACACACACACAGAGAGACACACACACACACACACUCACACACAUACCAUCAGACACAUGCCAAAUGAACACUAAAACACACACACACACACACACUCAAACACACACACACACACCAUCAGACACAUGCCAAACGAACACUAAAACACACACAGAGACACACACACACUCACACACACACAGAGAGACACACACACACACACACUCACACACAUACCAUCAGACACAUGCCAAAUGAACACUAAAACACACACACACACACACACACACACUCACACACACACAUACCAUCAGACACAUGCCAAACGAACACUAAAACACACACAGAGACACACACACAUACUCACACAGAGACACACACACACUCACACAGAGACACACACACUCACACACACACACUCACACACAUACCAUCAGACACAUGCCAAACGAACACUAAAAUACACACACACACACACACACACACCAUCAGACACAUGCCAAACGAACACUAAAACACACACACACACACACACACACACACACACACACACAGAGAGACACACACACACACACACACACUCACACACACACACA